AUGAGGGCCCCUGUGCAGCUCCUCAGCUUCCUGCUGCUCUGGCUCCCGGGUUCCUGGUGUGAUGUCCAGAUGAGCCAGCCUCCAUAUGUGUCUGCAUCUCUGGGAGAGAAAGUCACCAUCACCUGCAAGGCCAGUCAGAGCAUUAACAAAUGGCUAAACUGGUAUCAGCAGAAACCAGGGAAAGCUCCCAGGCUCCUUAUCUAUGCAGCAACCAAUUUACAACCAGAUGUCCCUUCCCGCUUCAGUGGCAGUGGAUCUGGGACAGAUUACACUCUCACCAUCAGCAGCCUGGAGCCUGAGGAUGCUGCCACUUAUUACUGUCAACAGCAUAAUAGUUCCCCUCGGACGUUCGGCGCCGGGACCAAGUUGGAAAUCAAACGGGAUAACGCUAAGCCAUCUGUGUUCAUAUUCCAACCAUCUGAGGAGCAGUUAUCCACGAGCACUUCCUCUAUCGUAUGCAUGAUGAAUGACUUCUACCCCAGAGACAUCCAAGUCGUUUGGAAAGUGGAUAAUCAGGUCCAGAAUUCUGGCAUCCAGCGAAGUUUCACAGAGCAGGAUAGCAAGGACAGCACCUACAGCCUCAGCAGCAUCCUGACGAUGCCCACUUCAGAGUACAAGAAGCAUAGUGUUUACAGCUGCGAGGUCUCCCAUGCAAGCCUGUCCUCCCCUCUUGUCAAGAGCUUCAAUAGGGGAGAGUGUUAGAGCAAGAGGCCUACCAGGCACCGUCUCCCCCGUCAUCUCACCCCAGCCUCCCUUCCUCUAGCCUAGGGCCUUUUUCUCAUAAGAGUUACCCCUAUUUCAUUCCUCCAGUCCCUCUCCCCAACUCAUCACCCACCUCCUCUUUGGCUUUAAUUAUGCUAAUAUUGGGCGGGGAUGAAUAAAUAAAAUGUAUCUUUGCACCUAUAA